AUGUCAUCCGACGCUGCUCGCUGGAUUAGAUACCAGAAUGUCGAUUGGCAGGAUAAGACAGUCUUCCAGGAACCGGUGCUUGUAGUCAAUAUCGUAUUUAUGGUAUUGAUCUUCAUAGCGUUGGGGUUGAGGUUGUAUUCGAAGAUUUCCGUGUUUAGGAAACUGGAGAGUGAUGAUGUGGCUGCUAUUAUUGGAACCGCAGGAUCUCUCGCCCUCUCUUCCGUCGCGCUACAUAUGAUAGGAAGUGGCUACGGCAAGCAUCUCUGGGACGGCCCCUUCUCCACCAUGAUCCAACGUUCCGAAAAGAUCAUCAAAGAACUAAUAGUCUGCAAUAUACUCCACUCUUUCUCCCUCUCUUUCGCUAAAACCUCCAUAAUAAUCCUGUACAAUCGCAUUUUUGACGCACACCCCUGGUUCCGUCGGACAAUGUGGUGCAUUCUAUCAGUUUGCUGGACAAUGUUUAUUCUCACAAUCUUUAUAAGUGUUUUUCAGUGUAAUCCUAUUGAUGGAGCUUGGAGUUUUCGAAUCAUGUAUCUCGGGAGGAGUAGUUGUGUGGAUAUGCAGGCUUACUUGUAUGCUAGCACUGCAGUGAAUAUUUUUACGGAUGGGAUUGUGGUAGUUUUACCUAUUGUCCCGAUUACGAGGUUGAGAUUACCAAGGAGGAAAAAAAUUGCGGUUUGUCUGUUGUUUUUAGUUGGCGGCUUUUCAUGCGCGAGCAGUAUUAUUCGGAUGGUGAGUUUGAGGACAUUACAGGAUUUAGACAUUACUUAUACGACGGCAAACUCUCUUUUCUGGUCAGUAAUAGAGGUCAAUAUAGCACUGAUCUGUGCCUCCUGCCCCGCAAUCCGUACGAUCUUUACACGUCAUCCAAUCCCCGUAAUCUCUCACUUCCUCUGCUGUGCCGGAGGUUCGGAUCCAGAUUGUACUAGUAAAUACGACCGAAGUUCUUAUGCCGUUAGAAACGGUGUAAGUCCUGGUGAAAGUCGAAGGAUUACUUUUACAAGGUAUGGAUCGACGACAUUGGGAGGCUCUUCGGGUUGUGUACAUCCUUAUGAAGCAGGGAUGGUAGAUGACUUGGAGGGCGGGAGUGAGGUGGGUAGUGUGAGAGAGUUGGAGCUGGUGGGGAGGGAUAUUGAUGUUGAGAAGGGCGUUCAGGAGGGCGAGGUGAUUGAUAUGGUUGAUAUGGAGAUGCCGGUAGAGCCGGAGAGGGUUAAGACUACUUAA